AUGAUCUCGCUAACGCCUUACUACCAGGACGACCUAGUCACUUUGUAUCACGCCGACUGUCGCGAAGUGCUUGGAAUGCUCGCCGACGAAGCGGUCGACGCGGUCGUGACUGAUCCUCCUUAUACCGAACGCGUGCACACCAAUUCGCGCGUAUCGACCGAAGAGCACGCCACUGUCGGCAUGUCUUUCGCGUCUAUCACCGACGACGACUUGGACGCGAUCAUGGCCGAAUGUGGGCGCGUAUCCCGCGGCUGGGUCGUCGCGAAUAUGGACUACCAGCACGCCGCGAAAUUCGACGCCGAACCGCCGGCGGGGCUGACGAUGAAGCGGAUCGGUGUGUGGAUGAAAAAAGCACCGAUGCCACAACUCACGGGUGACCGGCCGGCGCAGGGGUGGGAAGCAAUCGCAUACAUGCACCGGGACGACCGUAAAAGCUUAUGGACCGGCGGCGGUCUGGCUGGAAACUUUUACCUUCCCGCUUCGCGCGGGCUCGGUCACCCCACAUCGAAGCCGAUCGGCAUGGUUGAAACCUUUAUCGACUGGUUCACCGCGCACGAACCCGGCGCGCCCGCUCCGGUGGUGCUCGACCCGUUCGCCGGGUCCGGCACGACGCUACGGGCCGCGAAGAACAUCGGCCGGCGCGCCAUAGGCGUCGAAGUCGACGAGUCCUAUUGCGAACUUAUCGCGAAGCGGCUCGCGCAGGAGGUCCUGUUCUCAUGA